AUGCUUCUGUGGUCAGCACAAACUGUUUACUUUGCUCUUCUUUCACAAGCAUAUGUGAAAGAAAGUCUCAGUAGCAUGACUCUCCGUGUCAUUUUUACCCUCUUAUUGUUGGUAUGUUUCUGUGAAUCUGAUGACCGCCUCACACCCGCGAAGCCACUCUUGCCGGGCGACAAGCUCGUCUCAAACAAUGGCAUCUUCGCUCUAGGCUUCUUCUCCCUGGACCCGGAGAACUCCACCGCCGCAAACUCAUAUGUAGGCAUAUGGUACCACGACAUCCCGGAGAGGACAUAUGUGUGGGUGGCCAACCGUGACAAUCCUAUCGGCAGCGGUUUGUCUGGGGAGCUGGUUCUCACCAACACCUCUGAUCUUGUCUUGUCAGACUCAGAAGGCCACAUCCUCUGGAGGACGACGAACAACGUCACCUCCGGGGGUGAUGGUGCCAUGGCGCUGCUGCUGGAGGCGGGGAACUUUGUCGUCCAGUUGCAGAAUUUCACGCAGAUAUGGCAGAGCUAUGAUCACCCGACCGACACCAUCCUCCCCAGCUUCAAGUUGUGGGCAAACUACAAGACCCACACAGCAGUGCGUCUCGUUGCUUGGAAAGGUCCUCUGGAUCCGUCCCCCGGGAAAUUCUUGCUCAGCCGUGACCCCGGCACAGGCCUCCAGAUCCUCACCUUGCGCGGGACUAGCAAGUACUGGCGCAGCGGGUUGUGGAACGGUGCACAAGCCUCGGACAAGAACGGAUACAUGUGGUCCCAGAACGUCGAUGACGGGGAGACCAUCUACUCGACGUACAACACGGGUAACAGCUCUGCCCGGAGAUCGCACUGGAAGCUGGACUACAAUGGCGACUUGAUGCUCAGGAUCUGGACUGGCCGGUCAUGGGUGCCUCUGUUCAAGCGCCCGGAUGAUGGCUGCCGCCACUAUGGCUCGUGUGGUCCGUUCGGCUACUGCGACAUGUUUGACAAGAUCAGCGGCGAGUGCAAGUGCCUCGAUGGGUUCAGGCCGGCAGACGGCUUCAGCGCCAACCCCUCCCGAGGAUGCGUGAGAAAGGAAAACCUGACAUGCCGCGGCGACCAUUUCUUGACUUUGCCGGAGAUGAAGGUGCCUGACAAGUUUGUGUAUGUGAGGAACAGAAGCUUCGAGGAGUGCACUGCUGAGUGUGAGCGUGACUGCUCCUGCACUGCGUACGCUUACACCAACCUGAGCAGCAUCGUCGCAACUGGUGGCCCAUCAAGAUGCUUGAUCUGGACAGGGGAGCUUGUUGACUCUGAGAAGGCCGGUAUGCUUGGUGGCAACCUCUACAUUCGGCUUGCUGGCUCUCCUGAACACAGUUCUGCAGUAAACACCACGAAGAGCGGUGUCAGUGUGGUAUUCAAGAUCGCACUUCCAGUUAUAACAUUCCUGCUGACACUCACAUGCAUAUAUCUCGUCUGCAUAUGCAAGCAAAAAGGGAUACAAGUAAACAAGGAAACCCUGAAAAAACCGGCCCUGAAACACCUGAGCACUUCGCAAGAAGUUUGGGAUCAAAAUUUAGAAUUCCAGUCUAUUAUGUUCGAAGACAUUGCUGCUGCAACAAACAGUUUCCAUGACACAAACGUACUUGGAAAAGGAGGUUUUGGCAAAGUCUAUAAGGGAAUACUAGAAGAUGGAAAGGAAGUUGCUGUUAAAAGGCUUAGCAAGGGUUCUGAUCAGGGGAUAGAGCAUUUUAGAAAUGAAGUGGUUCUUAUUGCCAAAUUGCAGCACAAGAAUCUAGUUAAACUUCUUGGCUGUUGUAUUCAUGAGGAUGAGAAGUUGCUUAUUUAUGAAUACUUACCCAACAAAAGCCUGGACCAGUUUCUUUUUGAUAUUGCAAGGAAGUUUAUGCUUGAUUGGCCAAAGAGGUUCAACAUAAUCAAAGGGGUAGCUAGAGGACUUAUGUAUCUCCACCAAGAUUCGAGAACGACUAUAAUCCAUAGAGACCUCAAGCCAAGCAACAUCCUGCUAGACGUGGAGAUGAACCCAAAAAUAUCAGAUUUUGGAAUGGCAAGGAUCUUUGGGGGCAACGAACAACAAGAAAGUACCAGACGAGUUGUUGGCACGUACGGGUACAUGUCGCCUGAGUAUGCGAUGGAGGGCAUUUUUUCCGUCAAGUCGGACACCUACAGCUUUGGUAUUUUGCUACUAGAGAUUGUAAGUGGAUUAAAGAUCAGUUCACCACAUCAUCUUGUGAUGGACUUUUCAAAUCUCAUAUCAUUUGCAUGGAACUUGUGGGCAGAUGGCAAAGUGGAGGAUUUCGUGGACCCAGCCGUCACGGAGAGCUACUCGCUUGAUGAAGUGUCCAAGUGCAUCCAUGUUGGGCUCUUGUGUGUCCAGGACAGCUCCGGUGCUAGGCCUCACAUGUCAUCCGUUGUGUCCAUGCUCGACAGUGAAGCCAUGCCUCGCGCAGCGCCGAGGCAACCUAUGUAUUUCGCGCAGAUAAAUUACGAAACCAGUGAUGCGACAGAAGACCUGGAAAACUCUGCCAAUGGCGUGAGCCUUACGGCACUAGAAGGACGAUAA